AUGGAGCCGCCCCGAGACGUGCGCAAGGUUUCCAGCACAGCACGUAACCGCAGCGGGCGGGUCCAUUCCCUGUACACAGCCCCGAUACUUCAGAGGAUUCCCCGUAUCAACUUGGAAAACACACAUGCUAGAGGGUCGGAGUUCUCUUCUGCAACCCGUAACAUCCAGGAGCAGGGCAAGACCUUGAAUAGGCCCAAAGACGAGGCCAAGGAUGGUCCUGGGCACCGGCUGCUGAAUAUGCUGAGAAAAACUCUUAAAGGGUCUGAAAGUAAAGAACUAGAAGUGACACCUGAGGCACCAACUUUGGUGCCAUUUGGCGAUGUGGUUGGCUGCCUAGCCAUUCAUGUAAAGAAGUGCAAACAUUUUACGCCUAAGAUCAGUUUACAACAUUACAGUAAUUUGUUCAUUCGCGUCUCUAUUAACAACGUGGUGAAAUGUACAAAAAAGUAUAGCUUGCUAGCCCCAAACAAUGAAGAGGACACUGUAAUUGCAUUUGAUGAAGUGAAAUAUUUUUCUGUACAGGUUCCUCGACGUCAAGAUGAUGAGAAGAAUAAUAUUUACUUAGAACUAAUGCAACAUGACAGUACAAAAUAUCUUCUCUUAUUAGGGAGUGUUCAGGUACAUCUUUAUGAAGUAAUUCAGAAAGGAUGCUUUACUGAAGAACUCCGAAUGUUGAAUAAAAACACAUUUAUCUGCAGGGCAGAAGUGGAAUUUAUGUUCUCCUAUGGAAACUUUGGUUAUGGAUUUUCACAUCAGUUAAAACCUCUUCAGAAAAUUAUUAAGCCAUCUAUGUUUAUGAAUAUUGCACCACCUCCAGAAAGAACAGACCCUGUGACAAAUGUUAUUAUACCACAACCAAUAGAAUAUCCAGCAUUCUUAUCCCCAGACCUGAAUGUUUCGGUUGGGGUGCCAACUACAGCAUCCCAAUCCAACCAGCCAUCUGUAGUACGACUUGAAAAACUUCAGCAACAACCCCGGGCAAGGCUAGAAAAAAUGAAAAAAGAAUAUAGACGUCUGAGUACAUGGAUAGAAAAAGCUAGCUAUUUAGAAGGAGUUCUUACCCCAAGAUUGGAACGUAAAGAAACUAAGGAAAGUAAUACCAAUGAGAUACUUGAAAGCCAAUUGGAAGAGAGACCUACAGAUACCGUAACAUCAGAUAUCCUUCUUAUAAAGGAAGUAGCUGAAACUCUUCCAAGUGAGUUACUGGAUAAUGAUGAUAAGAAAGGCCUGACUCUGCCAACUUUGAACCAGUCGGGUGAAGAUGAUUCAAAUGUUGUUGCUCCUAAAAGUGACAUGUCAACAAAGGAAACAGAUACUCCAUUGCCCACUAUUCCUAGGCUGACAUUAGCAGAAGAGGACGAAAUACCACCUUUAGAGGAACACCAGCAAGAGGCGAUGCCGGAGAGAAAAAUGAAAAAUCUGUUCUUCCCACCAGAAGAAAAAAUGAAAGAUAGAUAUCCAAGCCUUUUAAAAACUGACUCAUCUCCAUCAGAGAGUUCACAUUGUUCCUGUAGCACAGUGAAUGAAAAUUUAAAUAUCGCUAAUGGUGUAGAUGAGUUAAUACAAGAUAAGGCCUAUGGACAGAAAAAUACAAAUAGAAAAAGAAAAUCAGUGGCUUUUUCACCAAAAGAAUACAUUUCACCAUCUUUCAAACCAGAAUAUAUAGAAUUCAAGCCAAAAUAUCAGUUCCAGAAAUUCAACAUCAAGAAUGGUUUUGAUCCUUUUCUAAGGAAUAUAAACAACAAAAUGUCAGUCAGAAAAAGGAAAGACCAAGAUAUGUUCAAAUGUAGAAAUAUUUUAAGUGCCGAGGUUAUAGAGUAUGAAGACCAAGAUCCUCCUUACCCAACACAUUCAAAAACUGCAAGCCCUGCUAAUAAAACCUGGCCCCAUAAUCUUGAUAUCAUCACAAUAAAGGGUUUAGACACUAAGAAUAAGUUAGCCAGUGAUCCUGGUAUCACUGCACUAAAGACUUCAGACCUUAAGAAUAAGUUAGUCCAUGAUCCGGGUAUCAUCACAAUAAAGACUUUAGACACUAAGAAUAAUUUAGCCCAUCAUCCUAGUAUCACCACAAUAAAGACUUUAGACACUAAGAAUAAGUUACAGGAAAGGCUACCAAAUGUAUCUUUACCAAACUUUGAGGGAGAAUCAUCAAUGACUGGAAAAGUAAAUGUAAAUAAAUGUUGCCUCUCAAAAUCAUUAAGUCUUACUUCCCACAUAGAAAAUUUAAAACAAUCAGUGGUGCUCAAGUUAAUUUUAAGUAAAAAUCUGCAAGACCUUUCAAAUAAAUUAUUUUCUACACCUGAAGUUUCUAUGGACACCGAAGCAAGAAAGAAAAGUCAUAGUUCUCCACUUCUGGCUCUUCAUGAUGAACAACCAAGUAGUUUGGAAGGCGAAGUAUUUGAAAAAAUUCAAGAUUUAAAUAGCUGGCUUUCAGAAGGAGGCAUUUUAAAUUCAAAGUCUCUUUUAAAUGAAAUAAUUAAAGAUAUUCCCACAGAUUCACUUUCAGAAGGUGGACCAGGAAAUUCUCCAGAGGUAGAAAAGGAACCUGUCUCUGAAAAACACUUAGAGGCUGGUGAGAUAGAUUUUCCAAUUAAAAAAAAGAGUAGUUUCAAAAAGAAACAUUUAAAAAGUGAAGUAUCUAGCUCCAAACCAGAUUUGAAUAGCCUUGUAUAUGAUUAUGUUAUAAAGCAAAUAUUUACUGCACCGGUCUUCUCAGAGCUGGGGAGAGGAGUGAAAGAAUGGAGUGAGACACAGAUAAACUCGCAGAGUCAAUUACCCACAGCUUGGGAGAGUUCGCCUUCCAAUGUUCUAAUUCACUAUGAAGAAAACAAUAAUGAAAUAGAAUUUCCGCCGGCCAAAUCUGUUAUAAGCCAGAUAAUACAAGCAUUUCCUGUAGAUACUCUUUUAGAAUUGGGGAUAAUCAAAGUGAUAGAAUUAGAUAAAGAAUACCAGAAGGGUUUUUUGCUGUAUACAGAGACAGCUUUUGCUGAAGAAAAGCCAAAGUAUUCCACAGAGUAUUAUUCAGAUAUCAGAAGCAAAACAGAACCUCUUUCAGAGCAGAAUACACCCAUCAUUCACAAAGAAAUCACUUCUUUUAAUGGAGUUGAAUUCAUAGACAAAGGCCAAAAUAGAUCCCCACAAGAUUCAAAAUAUCAGUCGACACCAGAUAAAAAAACAGGUUUGCCAAGUAAUGGUCAGAGGCUUGAUAGAGAAGAAAAUGAUCUAAGUUCUACUUUAGAAAAUUUAAGUAACGCACUAAUGGGUAAACUUAAUAACUCUGAUGUAAUAAUGUUAAAAUCCUUUUUGGAAAAGAUAUUUAAUGUUUUUUUCAAAUAUAGUCAGUCUAAAGGCAGACAACCAGAAAAAGAAUUAGAAAGACUAAUUGAACAUCCUUUUCCAAGUCAGACAGAAGACCUUGAAGAAAUCGAAGAGAAUUUUGAUAAAGUAGACAAAUUGGGGAGAAAACCUAUUUUGAAUCCAAAGCUGCAUGUAUUUCUAGAAGAACUCUCAGAGUCAGAAAUAAAAAAAUUUAAAUCUGAAUUAAGUAAACAUAUCCAGCAUUACCUUGUAGAAAGGCUUUCAGAAUCAGGAUACAUCACCAAAGAGGACUUACCAGAAAUCUAUCAAAAUCUGUAUUUGAUGAAUGAGAAAGUAGAACCAAAAGGGCAAAAUAUUUUUCUGGAGAAAUAUUCAGAAACUGUAAAAGAAAUCAUGUCUUUUAUAAAUAAUUUUAAUCAUCAUUUCAUAGAUAAGCAUUUGGAAAUAAAGCUAAGAUCUUUUUUAAAUGAAAUUCUCCAAAACUAUUUCCUAAAAAACCUUUCAGACAACAGUUUAUUUAAAGACGCAGAAUCUGAGCCUAUACACUCAAAUGUAUCUUCUCUAAGAGCUAAAAGUGCCUCAAUAUCUUUUCAUGAGUUAGGACAAGAUAUUUCAGGAGGGAGUUUUGGUAGUAGGCUUGAAAUAAACAUGAAAUAUCCCUUAAGUAAAUCUCUACAAAACUAUCUUAUAGCUUUAUCAGAAAAUGAACUCUUAGAUCUAAAAGCUGAUUUAAGCAAACACCUCCAGAGCCUUUUUAUAGAAAAACUGUCAAAAUCAGGACUAAUCACAGAAAGGCAAUUAGAGGGGAUAAGCCGGCAUAUAAAUUUGGUUAAUUCUACUUCCACACCAUUAAAAUGUAUAAAGCCAGAUUUGUCUUUAAGAGAUGAAAAUCAGUUUGUGGAGGACCAUUCAGAAAAGCAAAAUAAAUAUUCAAAAAUUGCUCAGAAAACCACUUUACAAAAGGUUUCUGAAGAUAGACUUGUAGAAACAGAGUUGACCAAAAAGGAAGAAAAGGAACAUUUUUCCUUAGAGAAUAUUAAAUAAAGUCCAUCAAUAAUUCAGGAACAGAAAAGAUACUAUCCUAAGGAAGUGAAAAUACUCAGUUUAAUUAAAGUACAACCUUGUUCCAACAAAAAUACCCAGGCAAUUCCAGUAAAUAAGCCAUCAGAAAGACUUACAGAUACAAUGCCUAAGAAACAAAGGAAAGAACACGGUUUCAUGCAGUUUCCUCAAGCAGAGAACUGUGAUUUUAAAACAGAGAUACAAGACCCACAUAGUUGGAGUGGUAAAUCAAAAAUAACUCAAUCAAAUGCUUGCUUUGAAAAGACACUGAAAAUGAAGUCCCUUGACAAAAAGGAGCACAAUAACACCUAUAAAUUGAUAGUACAGGAAAAACCUGAAGCAGUGAUACUGUCACCGUAUCCAACAAUUCCUAAUUGCAAGAUGCCAAGAUGCCAAGAUGAGGAAUAUGUAAACAAACUCACUUUUCCUUCCAGGCAAAGUAAUACUCUAACUCGCCUCAAUGCAGAGGCUGGAGAGAAAUCAAAAUUAGAAGACUAGUAUCGUCAGAGAUGGAAAGGAAAUAAUAAUUAUAGAAAACAACAUUUAGUAACAUUUGCACAUUACAAAGAAGAAAUACAAACUCUUUAUAUAAAACCAAACAAACUCUUAUAUAAAACCAAACAAAAGGUCCCUGAAUCACAAUUGCUUAAAUAUAAAGUUUUGAUAGCUGAGAAAAACUCAAAACCAUCCCUCUUCCCGGAAGUACUAAAGAGAGAAAAUCUAAAGCCCAAGGUUCAAAAAGAAAGAGACCAUGUCAGCAAACAAAAAAAGUCAUUUAACAAGAGUAUAUUACCAACCACACUGCCCACCACAGGAAUUCUUCUAAGAAAAUCUGUUCCAAGGGCAUUGCUUCAUUGGACUGCAAGAAGAACUAUACACCUUUCAGGCGUUCUUCAGUGCAGUUUUCCAGAUUUGUAAUUUUUACUGUGACCAGUGUUCCUGUAGGAGUAUGCCGUGCGAGAUGGACGGAAGUCAAGUUGUCAAAUCCUCUUCCUAUAAUCAGACGUAAAACUUGUGUUAAUGACGAAAGGAAAAAACUGAUAAUCUGGACUUCAUCAAAAUUAAAAAUUUUGCUCUUCAAGAAAACUGUUAAGAAAAUGAGAAGGCAAGCCACUGAUUGAAAGUAUCAACAAUAUUUAUGUCUGACAAGACUUACACACAGAGUACUAUAUAAAGAACUCUUAUAGCUCUAUAAUAAAUGACAAACAUCCCAACUAAAAAUUAGGCAGAAGAUUAAAUAGGUAAGCCACAAAAGAAGACACAGAAGUGGCCAACAAGCACAUGAAAAGAUGCUCAAAAUAGAGGAGUAGGAAUUAAACACAAUAUACCAUUACACACCUAUUGUAAUGGUUAGUAUUGUGACUUGAUAAACAAAUUGUUACAUUCAAACAAUGGAAUGUUACUCAGCAAUCCCCUACUCCCAGUCCCUGGCAACCAUUGAUGUGAUUUUUGUUUGUCAUGUAAGUAGUAUCAUAGCAGUUUUUUGUGUCUGGCUUCUUUCACUUAGUAUAAUGCUUUUGAGAUUCUUCCGUGUUUCAGUAGUUAAUUUCUCUCUAUUGCAGAGUAAUAAUCCAUUAUAUGU